UCCACUGUGAUUGUGUUGGCUAAUGAGAAAUUUCCUUUCAUUCUGUUGGGUGGUAUGUCCUCUCCAUAGGCGCUGCAGAGAAAGCAACUUGUACGCAAUUUGCUCCUUUGGGGCUGUCUUACAUUCUGAGUUUCAGAGCGUUUCAGCUUCUAUGAUCACAGGAGUUAUUCUUCUUGCUGUUGGAGUCUGGGGGAAGCUCACUUUAGGCACUUAUAUCUCGCUCAUUGCUGAAAACUCUACCAAUGCCCCCUAUGUGCUUAUUGGGACUGGUACCACAAUUAUUGUCUUUGGGCUGUUCGGAUGUUUUGCUACUUGCCGCGGAAGCCCAUGGAUGCUGAAACUGUAUGCCAUGUUCUUAUCCCUUGUGUUCCUGGCUGAGCUUGUGGCUGGCAUUUCAGGGUUUGUGUUUCGCCAUGAGAUAAAGGACACUUUCCUUAGGACAUACACUGAAGCUAUCCAGAAUUACAAUGGGAAUGAUGAGAGAAGCCGCGCAGUGGAUGACGUACAACAAAGUCUGAGCUGCUGCGGCAUCCAGAACUACACCAACUGGAGCAGCAGCCCCUACUUCUUUGAACAUGGGAUUCCCCCAAGUUGUUGCAUGAACUCCAGUGACUGUAACCCCCAGGAUCUGCGCAAUAUGACUGUGGCUGCUACUAAAGUAAAUCAGAAGGGCUGUUAUGAUCUGGUGACCAGUUUUAUGGAGACAAAUAUGGGAAUCAUAGCUGGAGUGGCUUUCGGAAUUGCUUUCUCACAGUUGAUUGGAAUGCUGCUGGCCUGUUGUCUGUCACGGUUUAUUACUGCCAAUCAGUAUGAGAUGGUUUAACAAGAGAUGUGAAAUACAGAGCCUGUCUCAAAAUCAGGAACUGCAGAAAUCAAGGAAGACUUUAAAGAAUGUUACAGCACACACACACUCAUACAUGCACAUGCACGCAUACACACAUAAGCGUGCAUGCUUGUGUGAGCACACACACACACAUACAUGCGUGUGCACUCACACACACACACAAACCAUCUUCUAGGCUCCGUACCAUGCGUAGUGUACCAUUCCGUGAAGUACCCUUGUGCCACAAAGAGUAGCCUGAAUCAUGCAGCAUCUAGAAGUCCAUCUUAAAGGCUCUGCACAUGAUGGCACUGUAUGUAUGUUCUUGGUCAUACAGUAGUUGCAUUGUAAGUUAACAAAGGUAAUUCAUUAACAGCAUUGAUCAGGCUGUGCAUGUAGUGACUGGAGGGCAUAAUUAGCCUUUCACCAUGGUUGAUAAAUGUUGCACACACAUAUAAACCAGUAUAUAAAAUAUAUAUUCUUUUGGGUUAAUCUUAAUUUCUUAUUUUGUUAAUUGCUUUACUAAGAUUUUCAUCCUCCCCCACAACUGCCCCCUUUCCCAAAACAAAUUAAAUCAGUAACAUACCAUAAAGAUACUUAAAAAAUAAUGUUGAAAUGUUGUGCUUGAAGGGAACUGUUAUUCCUGAUGUUCUUCUACAUCUUUGAUUCUUAUUCAGUGUUGUAUGCCUAGUGUGUAGGCUUUGUCUAGUGCAUUUUGCCUCUGAACCUGAACCUGUGUGAUACUGUUAUUAAGCUGUGUUGUUGCUUACUAUGAAGGCAGUAAUUUUGCUUCUUUUAUUUUUUUAUUAGAUAACUAUGAACUAAUGAAACCUUGCUGUACUGCGGCCUUCAUCCUCUGUUUCCUUUCUUUUCUCUUCUCUUCUUUUCUCUUUUCUUCUUUUCUUUUCUCUUCUUGUGCAUUGGAAUUGCAGCCACCAAAUACUUUGUCAAAUCAAUCAACAAAAAAGCAAAAAUAAAAAAAAACAAAACAAAAAAAAACAAAACAAAACAAAAAACCAAGCAUAAGGAAUAUUUUUGGGGGAAAGCAAAAGUUUAAAACCUUUUUAAAAAAA